UUCAGGUCAGGUCUGAAAUUUGACAGGGUAUUGUAUAGCAAUGGCCGGAGUUCAGGCUACACAACCUGUUCAGGAGCCACAGGUUGAUAUGUCCAAGACUAAUAGCCCGACACCUGAGGGAUAUGACAAGAAGUGUAUUUUUUGUAAGAUUGUGAACAAUGAAAUGGGCACAGAACUUCUUCACAAAGAUGAAGAGAUCUCGUGUUUCAGAGAUAUUAAACCAGGAGCUCCACAUCAUUACCUGGUUGUCCCAACAAAACAUGUUGGCAACUGUAAAUCACUUAACAAAGACCACGUGUUAUUGGUGAAGCGAAUGGUGGAUAUAGGGAAGGAGAUCCUGCAAAAAAACAGUGUAACAGAACUCACCGAUGUCAGGUUUGGUUUCCAUUGGCCCCCAUUCUGCUCUGUCACACACCUACACCUUCAUGUCCUAGCACCUGUCAGUCAAAUGGGCUUCAUGUCUCGCCUCUUCUACAGACUCAACUCUUACUGGUUUAUCACGGCAGACCAGCUGAUUGAACUUCUAAACUCUAAAGGAGACACAAACUAAUCACUUUGAAACAGUUUUUGCAUCACUGGACUGUGAUGAGGUACUUAGAAAUGCUGCAGAUGCCUUGUUGAAUGGUACAGAAAGUA